AUGCGAAACCUUGUUGUCUUUGGUGGCUCAUCCCAUCCCGAACUAACAGACCUCAUCUGUCGCCGUCUUGGUAUCUCAGCCGGAAAGACAAAACUCCAAAAAUUCAGUAACAAUGAGACUAGCGUGGAAUUAAACGAGUCUGUGCGUGAGCGUGAUGUUUACAUUAUUCAGUCUGGUUGUGGUCAUGUCAAUGACAAUCUUAUUGAACUUCUCAUCAUGGUCAAUGCCUGCAAAAUUGCCUCGGCGAAGCGCAUUACCUGUGUGAUUCCAUACUUCCCCUACUCUCGCCAAGCUGAUGUACCUUACAAGGCUUCUGGUGCUCCUCUAGCUAGAUUGCCACCUGCAACUCCCCAAGGAGAACCCCCUCAGCAAAACACAGAAGAUCUCUCUCAGCAACUCUUAAAAAAACUCACCCUUGCAGCAGCUGGGCAGGAGACCAACAAGGAAAAGGCCCCAUACCGUGAAUGGGUUGCACGAUCGGGCACCCUGAUUGCUGACCUUUUGACUUGUGCCGGAGCUGAUCACAUCAUUACUAUGGAUCUUCACGAUGCUCAGUUCCAAGGCUUUUUCGAUUGUCCCGUUGAUAACCUGCGUAGUUUGCCUUUGAUGAUUAAAUACAUCCGCCAUCAAAUUCCAAACUACGAAAAUGCUGUCAUUGUCUCUCCUGAUGCCGGAGGCGCCAAGCGUGCAACUUCUAUUGCAGAAAAACUUUGCAUGGACUUUGCGUUAAUUCACAAGGAGCGUCGCCAAGUACGAUCGGAAAAGGCUGAGUUGAUUCUGGUCGGAGAUGUGCGAGGAAAGGACUGUAUUCUUGUCGAUGACAUAGCCGACACUUCGUUUACUAUCACAAAGGCCGCUGCUCUUCUGCGCAAAAAGGGCGCUUUGAAGAUUUACGCCCUUGUUACCCAUGCAAUUCUCUCCGCGGGUGCAAUUGAGAAUAUUGAAAGGUCGACAAUUGAUGAAAUGGCUGUCAGUAAUUCAGUUGUUUCUCAAAACCAGAGAAUCACCAGCAAAAAGAUCAAGGUGUUUGACGUCGCACCUAUUUUCUCAGAAGCAAUAAGACGUAUUCAUUUUGGCGAGUCUUUGUCGAUGCUCUUUGACCCCAACCACGCAAUCGUUUAAUGGAACGCCUUUUAUAAAGAAAAAUACACCGCAUUGCAUUCUCCUU